AUGGAUCCAUCCCCUCUUCAAAUAAACUAUCCCCUCCACGAUGCUAGUGCUGAUAGCAACCACAAAGGCAUCUCGCUCCCAGUCUCUCUGGAUCAUGCCAGAAUUACAGUUCUGCCCCAGAGCGCCUUCUACAUCCCAAACUUCAUUAGCGAGGAAGAAGAGCGGGUGAUCCUAGGAAAAAUUGCCGCGGCGCCUAAGCCCAGAUGGAAGCAACUCACCCACCGCAGACUCCAGACUUGGCCCUCCGACCUUGUCAAGAACAAGUUGCUCGACGCUCCUCUGCCACCAUGGCUUGAGGGCCCUGUAGUUUCGCGGUUGCUGUCACUCCCCGUCCAAGAAGCCCACUCCGGACAUAUAUUUGACGGCAGCGCACAUGGGCGGCCUAAUCACGAUGGUGCUGCCUAUUGGCCCGUUGUCUGCACGGUAAGCCUUGGCGCUAGCCUUUGCUUGAAUCUCUACCGCAGCAAGGACGACGGAGCCCUGGAUCCAGAGCCCGCCUGGAGGAUCCUGCAAGAGCCUCGUAGUCUCCUCAUCACAACUGAACAGCUCUACACCGGUUAUCUUCAUGGAAUUGCCGAUAUCGAGGAGGACGCCGAGCUCUCUGCCGACAGCAUUGCCAACUGGUCUCUGCUGCGGGAUGCCGAUGCGUUUGCCGAUGGCCGCAACAUCCGCCAGACCCGUACAAGCCUGACGUACCGAGACGUGCUGGGUGUCUCAAAGGUCGCAAACAAGCUUGGCAUGUUUCUCAAGCGUUGA